CAAUUUUCGCCAUCAAACUCUCUGCCCACGGUCUAACACAUUGCCGGUUCAUUUCCGCAACACAUCAACACAACCCGUAUUUCUCAACCCCCAAACAAAUCUAUCAAAAUGACUGGAGGCGGCAAGUCCGGUGGCAAGGCGAGCGGUUCCAAGAACGCGCAAUCUCGUUCAUCCAAGGCUGGUCUGGCAUUCCCCGUCGGCCGUGUCCACCGUCUCCUCCGGAAGGGCAACUACGCUCAGCGUGUCGGUGCCGGUGCUCCCGUCUACCUGGCCGCCGUUCUCGAGUACCUCGCAGCCGAAAUCCUCGAGCUGGCUGGUAACGCCGCGCGCGACAACAAGAAGACCCGUAUCAUCCCCCGCCAUCUCCAGCUUGCCAUCCGCAACGAUGAGGAGCUGAAUAAGCUUCUCGGGCACGUCACCAUCGCCCAAGGCGGUGUCCUCCCCAAUAUUCACCAGAAUCUGCUUCCCAAGAAGUCAACGGGCAAGGGCGGGAAGACCCAGAGCCAAGAGUUGUAAACUGGUUGGUCAGUGUGAUGGUCGGGUGUUUUGCUUUUUCUGGUUGGCACGUUGGGUUCAUGAAAUGGGGUCACGGUUCAGGGUCAACGGUUGCUUUUUUUACGCGUUAGGGUUGUACAUUAAUCCCAUCAUGGUCACGGUCACGAAUGAGAAAUACCUAUUUGAAGAUCA